AUGAUAAUUAUUAAAAAAAAGAGAUUACAGAAUGACGACAAUGAAAAUGAGGCAGGUCUGUCAAAUGGAAAACGUAGUCAGCAUGAGGAUUCAUCAUAUGGAAAUACAAGAGCAUACUUAGAAAAUAUGAAUAAGAAACUGGAAUCAUAUUGCCAUCUUAUGAAAAAUCAUUUCAAAAGAUUACAAAGGAAAGAAAAUGAUGCUUAUCUUUGA